CGCGCGCGGCGGAGGAGGGCUCCGGGAGGCCGCGGAACAGCGACCGCCGCCAUAUUAAGGAGCACGGAGCCCGGGGUCCCGUUGGCGGCGGCCGCGGCAGGACCAGUGGAGCUGCGGCCGGCGGCGGCCGGCGCGGCGCGGCGCCGGGAGAGGCGGGGUCGGCGGAGCCAGCGGGCGACCGGAGCGAGCCAGGCUGACCUUGGCCGGCUGACGUUGGCCGGCGGGCUGGGCCUGCCCUGCGUCGCCAUGGACCAGGACUAUGAGCGGCGCCUCCUCCGGCAGAUCGUUGUUCAGAACGAGAACACGAUGCCCUGCGUGGCAGAGAUGCGGCGAACCCUGACGCCCGCCAACUCUCCCGUGUCCUCCCCCAGCAAGCAUGGAGACCGCUUCAUCCCCUCCAGGGCCGGGGCCAACUGGAGCGUGAAUUUCCACAGGAUCAAUGAGAAUGAGAAGUCUCCCAGCCAGAACCGGAAGGCCAAGGACGCCACCUCAGACAACGGCAAAGACGGCCUGGCCUACUCCGCCUUGCUGAAGAACGAGCUGCUGGGAGCCGGCAUCGAGAAGGUGCAGGACCCGCAGACAGAGGACCGCAGGCUGCAGCCUUCCACACCUGAGAAGAAGGGCCUGUUCACGUAUUCCCUCAGCGCCAAGCGCUCCAGCCCUGACGACGGCAAUGACGUGUCUCCCUACUCCUUGUCCCCAGUCAGCAACAAAAGUCAGAAGCUACUGCGGUCGCCGCGGAAACCUACCCGCAAGAUCUCCAAGAUCCCCUUCAAGGUCCUGGACGCACCAGAGCUGCAGGACGACUUCUACCUGAACCUAGUGGACUGGUCAUCCCUCAACGUGCUUAGCGUGGGGCUGGGGACCUGCGUGUACCUGUGGAGCGCCUGCACCAGCCAGGUGACCCGGCUCUGUGACCUCUCAGUGGAAGGGGACUCGGUGACGUCUGUGGGCUGGUCUGAACGGGGCAACCUGGUGGCUGUGGGCACGCACAAGGGCUUUGUGCAGAUCUGGGAUGCGGCUGCGGGGAAGAAGCUGUCCAUGCUGGAAGGCCACACGGCACGCGUCGGGGCGCUGGCCUGGAAUGCUGACCAGCUCUCAUCUGGGAGCCGGGACCGCAUGAUCCUGCAGAGGGACAUCCGGACCCCGCCCCUGCAGUCCGAGCGGCGGCUGCAGGGCCACCGGCAGGAGGUGUGUGGGCUCAAGUGGUCCACAGACCACCAGCUUCUCGCCUCGGGGGGCAACGACAACAAGCUGCUGGUCUGGAACCACUCAAGCCUGAGCCCGGUGCAGCAGUACACAGAGCAUCUGGCGGCCGUGAAGGCCAUUGCCUGGUCCCCACACCAGCACGGGCUGCUGGCGUCCGGUGGCGGCACGGCGGACCGCUGCAUCCGCUUCUGGAACACGCUCACAGGGCAGCCGCUGCAGUGCAUCGACACGGGCUCCCAGGUGUGCAACCUUGCCUGGUCCAAGCACGCCAACGAACUGGUGAGCACGCACGGCUAUUCGCAGAACCAGAUCUUGGUCUGGAAGUACCCGUCCCUGACCCAGGUGGCAAAGCUGACCGGGCACUCCUACAGGGUCUUGUACCUGGCCAUGUCCCCUGAUGGAGAGGCCAUAGUCACUGGUGCUGGGGACGAAACGCUGAGGUUCUGGAAUGUCUUUAGCAAAACCCGUUCGACAAAGGUAAAGUGGGAGUCCGUGUCAGUCCUCAACCUCUUCACCAGGAUCCGGUAAAGCCUCGGGCCUCACCGUCCGGGUCAGAAGAGUCCCACCUCUCAUCGGCGUGCAUGGACCCUCCCCUCCCCAGCACAUGGUCCCUAGAGGAGACAGCCGGGGCGGGUGGGGAGUUGGGCCUGGAGAGACCCUGAAGAUUCUCAUUAAAGCCUGAUUGCGAACCCUGGCAGCCGGUGUUUGGGGCGGGGACAUGGCCGGGCCCCAGCAGGAGAUGGGGCCCCAGCAGGGACCAUCUGUCUGGCUGCUCUGCUCGGAGCACGAUGGACGCCUCCUGGGACCCAGCCUGCUUCUGUCUGCGUCCGCCGCUGCAUCGUCGGGGCUGCAUGCUCUUCCCAGAAGCACGUGCUCACUGCCACCACCGCAUCACCACUCACGCCUACGGGACAGACAGCUGGACGCCAGGCCGGUCAGAUGGGGCUGGGCAGACGGCUGGGGUCAGCCCAUGGAUCAGAGGGACAGAGCCGCCACCUGACAGGUUUCUCUGCGGCCAGUCCUGCCGCCCUUUCCCUGGCAGCCAUGCCACUGACUUUCUCGGGGGCACGGCGCCACGUCAGGAGCGGGCCCCGGGCAGUGUCCAGGCCGAAGGAGGUCAUCUUGAGAUGGACUUGUUGUCUCAGGAAAAUGAGACAGGCCCACUCGCUGUGUUGUGCUUACCCUGACCCUGCGCUGUCCUUGUUACUAACGGGGGUCACGGCCCUGUUUUAUCCCCAAGCAGGACUCGGGUGCUUGUGGCCUGCUGGGCAGCUGGUCAGGGUGACCCAAGGGCAGAAUCGACCCUAAGGGCUGGGUCCUGUGGGCAUCUGGCCCCUCCUCCCCAGCCCCUUCCCCUACCCCAGGCCGCCCCAUUGGGUCCUGUCCAUCCGUGACAUUGCCGUGGGGCAGCCAGGGGAGGAGGCACCCGUAGGUCCCUCCAGAAACUUCCUGAGCUUCCCCCAACCCACUCUGCUCUGUCCCCAGCUGCACGUGAGCCCAUCCCCUCCUGCUUCGUGUCCAGACCAGGAGACGAAAAGGGAGGGAGGGAGGGAGGGAGGGCCUGCAUGUGGCCAGGGGCCUGAGUAGGAGUCCUCCCCCUCCUGCUCCCCUCCUGGAUCCCGGGGUGCUGAUGGAGUGGACAGGGUGGGGCAGGCCUGGGCUGGGGGGGCGUCCAGCAGAGCCCCUCCAGGUCCCAGUGGCCUUGUGUGUGCACGUGUAUAUACGUACUUGUGACUUUCUUUGGGUUUGUUUGUGUUCUUGUAGAUUGGUCCCAGAAAAGUUUCAGGCUGGUGGGAAAGGAGCAGUGGCUCACCCACUACCCAUUUGGGGGGGGGGGGCAGCGCUUACCGCUCCUGAUCAGCUGAACCUGCCUGAGCCAGGGGGAGCGGUGGGAGCCCGCCUCCCCAGCCCCAGGCCCCGCAUCUGCCUGCCGCGGGGACAGACGAGGGACAGUGUACAUAGAUGUGUGUAUUUUGAUUGGUCAAGUUAUUUUUGUUUGAGUGUUUUUUUAAGAAAACACUCCUGACUCGGCCACGUGCUCGCCUUGUGCAGUUGCCGGAGCCCAGGAGCUGGCUGUGCCUGUGGGACUGUGCCCCCCAGCCUGUCGGACCCACGCCUGGGAGUUGGGACAGCGAGGUGGGGGUCUGCGUGGGGCUAACUGCACGGGCAGGGGACGGAGGGGCGCCUGGUGCAGAGCAAGCCUUGUUUCUUGUGAAAUGCGUCGUCGUCAUUAAAGCAGUUGUGGGUUCAUGCAC